AUGUACAACUUCAGCACUUCUGUGUCAUCUUCAGGGGGCGCACACGGAGAUCCAGUGGGUCGCAUUUUGCUGGGUUUUGCUCUUUCUCUAUUGGUUUUAUGGACGCUGUUGGGGAAUCUCACGGUUUGCGCCGCAGUUUUGCGCUUUCGUCACCUGCGAGGAAAGGUAACCAACAUCUUCAUCGUGUCUCUGGCCAUGUCAGACCUUCUCGUGGCUGUUCUGGUCAUGCCGUGGAAAGCCGCGACGGAGGUGAUAGGACACUGGCCGUUUGGUUCUUUCUGCGAGUGCUGGGUGGCUUUCGACAUCAUGUGCUCCACAGCCUCCAUCCUCAACCUAUGCGUAAUAAGCGUGGAUAGAUACUGGGCCAUUUCGAACCCGUUUCAGUACGAGAGGAAAAUGAACCGUAAGGUCGCUCUCGUUAUGGUCAGUGUAAUGUGGAUCGUAUCGGUGACCAUUUCAUUCGUUCCCGUGCAGCUUAACUGGCACCGCGCGGACUUGGAGACGUUUACCGACAAUGCGACCAUUAAAGAAACAUGCGACUUAAGCCUGAGCAGAACUUACGCUGUUUCAUCCUCCCUCAUAAGUUUCUACAUCCCAGUCGCUGUAAUGGUCGUGACAUACACGCGAAUCUAUCGCAUUGCUCAGGUUCAAAUCAAGAAGAUAACUUCCCUGGAGCGCGCAGCAGAUCGGGCGCUCAGCUGGAGAACCGGCGCGCACGCCUGUCCUCAUCAUCAUCGCGCGAUAAGAGAAACCAAACUUUUCAAAACUCUGUCUGUGAUCAUGGGGGUGUUCGUGUGCUGCUGGUUCCCAUUCUUCGUCCUAAACUGCGCGGUUCCUUUCUGCCCGAAACCAAACUGUGUCAGCGAGGAAACUUUUAACGUGUUCGUAUGGUUCGGGUGGUGCAACUCGUCGCUCAACCCGAUUAUCUAUGCUUUCAAUUAUGAUUUUAGAGAUGCUUUUGCUCGACUUCUGUGCUGUCAUGCCAUGUGCACCAAGGCACCUCGUGACAUUCAGAGCAAGGAUCCAAUUUCCGGUAAUAACCAAGGCAGUUCUCUCAACACAUCUGUGGAGGUCGGCUUUGUCAAUUUAGGGCCUGGGGAAGGCGACAGGGUGGCCAACGAAAUGCACCGUCCACUGAUGGAGCUCCAUUUGCUUGAAAUGGAGAGUAUGGUUGAUCAGUUUACUAAACCAGAUAAGAUACGAAGCACAUCAGAAUAA